AAACAGACUGAAAAUUUCGAAAAAACACUGAAAAUAAGAGGUUAACGCUCAAAUUUGAGUGUUAACCCCUCAUUUUCAGUGUUUCUUCGAAAAUUUUCAGUGUCUGUUUCCAUAAGGACGGGGCCCGGAACGUCACAAUUUCACCGUUGAGUAAAAAAAGACACAGAUUGGCCGCAACCAUGGUAUAAAGACAAGGGUAUGCUCGUUUCGUGUCAGACCACUGCGCAUUCCCACCACUUCGCCGUAUUUUGUCCAAGCUUACGUCAUACUCGUGUAGAGUCUGGAUGAAUCGGAUAUGAUCGGUAGCGUAUUCGGCUGCGAUUAUAGCUAAAAUGACAGAGUACGCAGUUGUUUUUCGGUCAUAUGAGAAAAUAUAGUCACUUGUUUCAUUUUCGAAUUUUUUUUACAAUGACGUGUAACGUGAACGGAUGUGGAAAUUAUUUGGCAAAAACCAAAAAGAUUAGAGGAAAGAUAAAAUAUUUUUCCUUCCCAAAAGAUCCAGUACUUUCCAAUAAAUGGCAUCAAGCAUGUGGAAAAAAAAAUAUUUCAAAAUAUCCUAGGAUAUGUUCAAAGCAUUUUUCUGAUGCAUGUUUUACAAAGAACUUACAACAACAAUUGCUGGGCUAUUCUCCUUCAAAAACUAGAAAGUUACGUCCUGAUGCUAUCCCAACAUUACAUCUUCGUACAGUAUCGAACGAAGGUUCUUCAACUGCGAUGGUAUUAGACGAAAUAAUGACUCCGUCAGCAUCGAACGAAGGUUCCUCACCUGCGGUGGAAUUUGACGAAAUAAUGACUCCGUCAGCAUCGAACGAAGGUUCCUCAACUGCGGUGGUAUUAGACGAAAUAAUGACUCCGUUAGCAUCGAACGAAGAUUCCUCAACUCCAUCGACAAGUACAGAAGCUAUUAUGUCUUCCAAAAUACACGAUCUGGAACUCCAGGUGACUGCACUGAAAAAGACGAUAAAGAAGUACGAGAAAGCGAGACCGAAAGAAGACAAAGAACUCGUGGAAAGAAAAAUGUACGAGUUACUGGGAAAAAUAUUCAGUCAAGGACAAAUACGGAUGAUAUUGAAUCCCUCACUAUGUAAGAUGAAAUGGUCUUCCGAAGAUAUCACACACGCGAUAUCCUUGCGAUGUGUCAGCCCAAAGGCAUAUCGUUAUAUGAAGCAUGUUCUGCAAAUACCACUUCCAGGCCUUUCAACAUUAAGAAGAUGCUCCGCAUCUUCUCAAGUUGUUGAGGAAUCAUUUUCUGGACAAAGGGUUUAUCUGGAAGGGGAAAAUAGUUGAUAAGGAAAUAUUGUUU